UUCAUUUUCAGCAAGCAUGGCCAAGAAACCGAUUUUGUAUGGCAGUCUCACCAGUCCUGGGGUUAAUGCUGUUAUUAUGGCCUUUAAGGCCGUCAAGAAAGACUUCGAAUUCCGCGAAGUGAAACCGUUGAAAGGUGAAAAUGCUUCACCCGAAUAUUUGGCCAAAAACCCCAUUGGAACAAUACCCUGUUUGGAGACGGAGGAGAAUCAAUUCAUUGGUGAUUCACAUACCAUCACUGCCUAUAUUGUGGACCGGUAUGGUCAGGACGAUUCGUUGUAUCCCAAAGAUCUCUACAAACGUGCCAAAGUUCAACAACUGCAGCAUUUUGCCGAUGGCUAUUUGUUUACGUCGUGUGUGCGAGCCGCCUACGAACCGAUAUUUUGGCGAACAAAAAACUAUGUAGACGAAGAGAUAUUUAAGCGUAUCGAUAAGGCCUAUGAGACAAUGGAGCGAAUAUUGCGGCAAAGUAAAUGGGUUGCAGGCGAUCACUUGACUAUUGCCGAUUUUCAUGCGGUUCUAUGCAUAUAUGGUUUGUUCUAUUUACGACCUGUCGAUCAUGCAGAUUAUCCACAUUUGUUUAAUUGGCUCCAAAGUAUGAUGGAAAUUCCCUAUGUCAUGGAAGUGUUGACCAGUAGUGCAAUGUCCUCAUCAAUGGGUUUUCUAGAUAAACGUAUGGCGAAGUUGUAAAAUAGAUAAUA